GCCGCCCGGUCUGGCCCCCGCCCUGUCCAGACCCCCGGCCUGGCCCACUCAACCUUGCCCCGCCGAGCGGUCCGCCGGGUACGCGGGCGGCCUCCGGAGCAGCCCAAGCCGAUGAGGGCCGCGCGCCCUGCGGCCGGCGCUGACGAGACGGAGCUCCCGGCCCUCGAGGAGGAGCGGAGGAUCAAUGCGGUUCAAGAAUCGAUUCCAGCGGUUCAUGAACCACCGGGCCCCAGCCAAUGGCCGCUACAAACCAACCUGUUACGAACAUGCUGCUAACUGUUACACACAUGCAGUGAGUGACGUCUUCAAAAAAAAGUUUAGUAGUGGUACUCAUACUCAUACGACGGACAUUGAAAUUUGUGUCCAUGUCGAGUAUAAACUGGUACAGAAAGCAAAAUUCUCUUUUCCCCCCACUAGGACAGUGGAGCAUUGUUUUCACAUGUGUGAUAGAAUGGUUAUUUAUUUCUUCAUUGCUGCUUCUUAUGCUCCAUGGUUAAAUCUCCGUGAACUUGGACCCCUGGCAUCUCAUAUGCGUUGGUUUAUCUGGCUCAUGGCAGCUGGAGGAACCAUUUAUGUAUUUCUCUACCAUGAAAAGUAUAAGGUGGUUGAGCUCUUUUUCUAUCUCACAAUGGGGUUUUCUCCAGCUUUGGUGGUGACAUCAAUGAAUAACACUGAUGGACUUCAUGAACUUGCCUGUGGGGGCUUAAUUUAUUGCCUGGGAGUUGUGUUCUUCAAGAGUGAUGGCAUCAUUCCCUUUGCCCAUGCCAUCUGGCAUCUGUUUGUGGCCACGGCAGCUGCAGUGCAUUACUAUGCCAUUUGGAAAUACCUUUAUCGAAGUCCUACAGACUUUAUGCGGCAUUUAUGACCAAUCUGGACUAGGUCUCGAAACCAGUAUUAUUGCAAUUAUGGCACUUGGGAGUGGGGUAAGAGCUGAAAAUUGCACAGAGGAAAAAAAAAAAAGACAACUGCACUGACUUUCUUUAUAUCUUUUGAAUAUAAUUACUGUGAAAGUAUAAAAGCUGUGUUCUGGAAUGUUUCCCUUCACAGCAGAUAAAUAAGGUAGUGAAUUAAUUAUUCAUUCCAUUCCACUAUCAUGAAGGACUCCGGAUAGACUUGGCCAACUGAUGUUUACAAAACAGAAUUUUGUAUUUUAAUUUUACAGGUUUUACUACAUGAUUUUUCUAAAUUACUAGGUCAGAUUGUAAGUCAGUGCAACAACAAAGCUUCCUUUUUAAGAGAAAAUUGUUUCUAUCACUUUCCCAUUAACUGUGUGAAGAAUCAUGGACAGAACUUACACUACUUUUACCAUGUUUCAUCUUGGCAUAACAUGGUUAUUUUUUAAAUAGAAAUUUUCAUUUUUUGUAAAUUUUUAAAGACAACUUCAUUGAAGCGCAUCUCUGCGGUUCCUCAUUCACGUGAAUUUUGCAGCAAGCUGUCAACAUUCCAUAAACGAACAAACAUUAUACCUCUUCUGAUAGUUUUCUUAAGCAUAGAGAAAUUGCCAAUUUUUAAAAAUUGCGGUUUUCCAAACUUUUCUGCCAACCUCUGACUCUGAACUCCAUGCUGCUUUGGGCCAUAUACUUGACCUAGUUUGGUUUACCAGUGAUGGAAAAGUAUUUUGAUAUCAUUAACUUUUUCAAAAGAUGCAACUUUUUCUCUAUGCCUUUGCCAUGUUUUCUUCAGGAUCUCUUUCAACAGUGGAUGAGUAUUCACAUCACAUUAUGAUGGUGUUGUUGGAGUGGUCAUCCACUGAAGGCUCCUGAAGAGUGUUAUGAAUUACAGUGAACAGUGGUAUUGCCUGUCUGAUGCCCCUCGGUUAAGUCAUUGUCACUUAGCUUAAUAUUAUCAGUUUGAUACUCAUUUUCAGUUGUGGAAUUAGACGCACAAAUUCACAUUCCCAUCUUUCCCCUGUACCUCCUGAUAGAGUUUUUUCUUUUCCAUAGAAGAAUAUUUAAAGCGUUGUUUGGCAGAUAGAAACAUGUAUCUGUAGUUCAUGGGUUGUAUCCUGGCUCAGUGGAGUGGUAUUUAAUAUAUUAUUUUUGGUUUUCCUUCAGUGUCUUAUAUUAACAUUAGUUGUUUUGUUUAUUAAUCUCCUGUUGGUGUUUUAAUAAAUGAAAUAACCUUGCCUUUAGAUCCUUGCUGAUACCGACUGCUAGAUUUGGGUUUCAUCAGUGGAAUAGUUGGCUUGACGACACAUUUAGGCUUAUUCAUUGAAAUUUUGUACCAUUGUGGCUUUGAAAGAGGGUUUAUUUUGGGUGUGCAUAUUUAGAACUCCCUGAUUUGGGUGAAUUACAUGGGUAUAAAGAACAGAGGAACUGGUAUUUGCUGGUAAAUUCUUAAAUAGGCAAGGUGCCCAGUGAUCACACCAACCAGAGCACCCCUAUCUGCAUGAUUCUGAACAUCCUGAUGCCUGUUGUUUUGUGUAUAUUCUGUUUUUAAUAUAUUAACUUUUGUGGAUUCAUUUAAAGUCUGCUCAAAAGUAACACUGUCGAAACCACUAAAAUGUAUGUAAAAAAUUGUGCUGUAGACUAGAAUAAAAUUGUUACUUGGAUUUGUUC